AGUUUACAAAAUUAGGGAUUGUAACUUUUUAUUUUCCUUUUUUAUUUUAAAUUUUAUAGUCAAGCCGACCUCGCACUUUCCCCUCUCUUUCGCCUCCUAACAGCUAAACCCUCCUUGAACCCUCCCACCCCAGUCUUUACCAAUUCGCUUUACCUAGACUUACUGAGUUUUCAGCUGAAAAUGAGUUCGGUCGCUGUGAGAUUUGCCAAGUUUAUGAGAGUCUCUAUUCCUUUCUCGCCCAACCCAACAAUUGUGAGUAUGCAAAGAAGCUCAAAGUUGUGGUGCUCAAGCACCUCAUCUGACAUUGGCAAUGAUGAGACAAAGAAAACUGAGGCAGAAGAAGAUUUUGACGAAAUUUUGGGUGAGAAGAAAGAUUCGCAUUUUCAAGCCCAAAGUGUGGAUCCCAGGAGGGGCUGGGGAUUUCGCGGUGUGCACAAGGCAAUUAUCUGUGGUAAAGUUGGGCAAGCCCCUGUGCAGAAGAUCUUGAGGAAUGGCCGGACUGUAACCAUCUUCACAGUUGGGACGGGGGGCAUGUUUGACCAAAGAAUAGGGGGUGCAAAGGACUUGCCAAAACCUGCUCAAUGGCAUCGAAUUGCUGUGCAUAAUGAAGCACUUGGGGCUUAUGCGGUUAAACAACUUUUUAAGAAUUCAUCAAUUUAUGUGGAGGGUGACAUUGAAACCAGAGUUUACAAUGACAGCAUCAAUGGUGAAGUUAAGAAUAUUCCAGAGAUAUGUGUUCGUUACGAUGGGAAGAUUCGUCUUAUAAAGACUGGAGAAAGCAUCAGCAGUAUAUCCUUGGAUGAUCUGCGAGAAGAAUUGGUUUAGUGAACAGUUGAUUGGCACAUCAUGGAAAACACUCAGCCUUGGAAAGGAAGAGUAGCUCAAGCCACUUUUGUAGGAAGCAUAUGUUAUAUUUGCUUGUCUGGUUGUAAGUUGUGAUCUAGCAAAGAAAAAUGCUUGAGUUUUGUUUUUCAAUGUGUUGAUAUAUCACCCAGUUUUCAUUCUUCUCUUUCUUUCCCCAGUGCAUGAAGUCAUUUACUCUUCCCUCUCUUCUGGAGAAGGGAGGGUGCUUAACAACUGA